UGGACCAGCAUGCUUUGCUCCCAUUACGUCACUUUAACAAAAUGGCGUCGCGAAAAUUUUCUUUGAAAGUGCUGCGGAUUUUUCUGGUCAUUUCUACGUUUCUGUGGGCUUCAGAUGGCAGGAAACACCACUUGGUCCUCCAGGGUGAGAAGAGAUCCUAUGUGGACCUGAGCACGUUUGGUUUCCUGAAGGGAGGAACUCUGUCAGUCCAGGUGACAGGAUUCAGGGUCCAUGUACCUACACCCUUACCAAAUAUGGACUCAAUGUUUGGCCUAAGUUUGGACAAGACAAACAGCGAUGGGUUAUCCAACUAUCUGGAGAACAUGUCAGAAGACUGUAUAAUGAACAAGGUGAAGCAGGUGGGAGGGAAGGAUGAUGACCUGACUGUGGUGCUGUUCACCUUCAACCUCAGUAACAGCACGGUCACCCUCAGAAGAAUAGGAGACAAUCUGAAGGCCCUGGACAUCUACCACAACGAGACGGAAUACAACAUGUACAAGUCACACAGAGUGCCUCCCAGUGGGGGCAAGUCACUCAGGAAGAUGGUCAAAACUAAAAGACAGGCAGAAGAAACCGAGAAGACUGAGAAAAAACCUGCAGGUCCAGAAGAAACUGACCCAAAAGACAAAACUCAAGAUACACAAGAAGACACAAAAACAGAUAACCAGCCUGAUCAGACGGAGACUGAAGAAAAGGGAAAGGAAAAAGCUGAGGAUGACACCAAGACAGAAGACGACACAGCCAAAGAACAAGACAAGGAAGCUGAGAUCACAGAAGAUACGGAUAAAAAGGCAGAAGAGAAGGAUGAAGAGAAUAAUGAUGAAGACGAUGAGAAAUCGAAACAGACAGAAGAAGAAGAAGAGAAAGCAGAGGAUGACAGUCCUGAUGUUGCUGAACCCCUGAUGGAACACUCCUUACUGUACAAUCUCCCCAUGGGACAGGAGAAGGUCAAGGAAGUAGUCUACAAUUUGACGUUCUUUGUGGCGAUCCGUGAACUAGAAGAGGAAGGUCUGUACAACCUGAGGUUCCACAACUGUUAUAACAAACACUCGUCAGCGGAGGACAGCAAGGCUAAAGUCACCAUCAGUAUGCAGGUGGACGUGGUGGAGAUGAACAACAACAACUACCUGUCUGCUGGGGAGAUCCCCCUCCCCCCGGUGUACCUGACCAUGAUGGCAGUUUUCUUCCUGACUGGAUGUCUGUGGAUUCAUGUACUCAGGAAGAGGAAGGGAGAUGUGUUCAAGAUACAUUACCUGAUGGCAGCUCUGGUCAUGGUCAAGGCCAUAUCACUCAUGUUCCACGCAGUGAACUAUCACUUCAUUGCUGUUGAAGGAUCACCAGAGGAGGCCUGGGCUGUCCUGUACUACAUUGUGUACCUGACGAGAAGCCUUCUGCUGCUCAUUUCGAUUGUGCUGAUUGGUACGGGGCUGACGUUCCAUAACCAUAUCCUCCCCGCGGACAGUCGGAACGUCCGCGCCCUGUGUCUGCUCGUACUGCCGCUGCAGGUUCUGGCCAACGUUGCCUACAUCAUCACAGAGUCUACAGAAGAAGGGAACUCUCAGUACCGGCUGUGGCGGGAGGUGUUUAUCCUGGUGGACCUGCUGUGCUGUGGAGCUAUCCUGUUCCCUGUAGUCUGGUCCAUACGACACCUUCAGGAGGCCUCCCAGACUGACGGGAAAGCCGCCAUCAGUCUACAGAAGCUGAAGCUCUUCAGGCAUUUCUAUGUCAUGAUUGUUUGCUACAUAUACUUCACAAGAAUAAUAGUCUACCUGUUGAAGAUCACAGUGCCGUUCCAGUAUGAGUGGCUGGGUCAGUUCUUUGCGGAGCUGGCCACGUACGUGUUCUUUGUCAUGACGGGUUACAAGUUCCGCCCCGCCUCCAACAACCCCUACCUACAAGUCUCACAGGAAGACGAGGACAUCGAGAUGGAAGAAGUUGUGACAGAAACAGGCUGGAACGAGGGCGUGGUCAGGGUCAACCAGGGGGGCAAGGUCACCAGCACCCAGGAUGGCCUGGCCAAUCCCAAGCCACGAGACAACAGCCAUGACGCCUAAGCAAGCAGCUGUGUCGUUGGACAGUGUGAGAAAAAAGUGAGAAAGACUUCUUGCCAGGAGAUUGCACAUUGAGGAAAACUUUAAAAUUUGAAGAGAAAUUCAAAGGCAUCCAAAUG